UACCAAGACCAAGCUACUACUACUACUGUCACUGUGUUACUCUCAACAUUCUCUGAUUCUGAGCUACACUACCAAGACCAAGCUACUACUACUACUGUCACUGUGUUACUCUCAACAUUCUCUGAUUCAUGUCCAGAUCGGUUGGCAGAAUGUCUCUGCUGCUUUGUUGUAUAGUGAUGGCUCUGCACCUCGCAACAGGGCUGGAUGCUGCCCCGGGGGUGGUGGUGAAUACUACAGAGGAGGAGGUGGAAGGGGUGGACUCCCAGUCACCAUGCCCAGCCGGGUGGCAUCAGAAUGAGCAUCGCUGCUUCUCCUUCUACCCCGUCUGGGCCACCUGGGCCACUGCAGAGUUGUACUGCUCCCAGCACAGAGGGAACCUGGUGUCGGUUCACAGCCCGGGUCAACAGGUGUUUGUCCAGGAUCUGGUCAGGAGACACACAGACCAGCCGGUCUGGAUGGGAGGCUACGAUGCAGCUCAGGAGGGGAUGUGGCUGUGGAGUGACGGCUCAGCUGUUGACAGUUUCUACUGGGAGGAGGAUGAGCCCAGUAACUCUGGACAGGGGGAGAACUGUAUGGAGCUACACACUGGAGGUGGGCAGGGCUGGAAUGACGUGUCCUGUGGAGAGCUGAGGUUCUAUGUGUGUUCUAUGGAGACAAGAUCUGGUUUAGCAGUAAUUCCAAGUCAGAAGAAAACACACGAGAGAGAGCUGGUUGAAGAGGUGAGUAUUUAUGACGUCCUGUGGGAGACCAGUGAGAGAGUAGCAGAUGAGAUCCUCGACUCAGCCUUCCUCAGAGGGAUGUAUUCCAGACGUCUGCCUGCCCGCUGCUAUGCUGACUUCUGCCACCAGGAGGUGCUAUACCUGGACAGAGUCAUCACCAUGCUGCGGGUGCUGAUCAGAACAGUCCAGGGUCCUCCAGACAUCAUGAUGUUUCUCCAGAGAACACAUCAACGCUACCAGGAGUCACUGAAGAAGGCCCAGAUCCAAACUCCACCACACCUGAACCUGUCCUCCAUCCAGCCCUCUGCAGCUGUGCGUCAGUACCUCCAGAGCUUCCAUGACAUUGUAAAUGAGGAGCCCAUUUACUGGCUGGUGUCUCUGCUGCCCAGAGCCCUGCUCAGACCUUACCUGGCACAGAACCUGCCCCUGGGAGAGAGGACCAGACCAGACCCCAGCCCCUGCUUCUACCCCUGGCUAAACCUCUUCCCCUGCCCCUGCUACCAGUGGGGGGGAGAGGACAUGAAGCCAGACCAGAGGAACCAGAAGGAUGAGUCUGGGACAUAUUACAGGCAUCUACUGGAGAAGUACCAGGAUGUGAUAGACAUCUAUAAGGCUGUCAACAUCUUCAGAGUCCAGAUGAUCAACGAGAAGUCUCUCUUCACCUCCAGCUGGUUUCCCACUGGUGACAAGGAGGAAGAGAAGGACCAACCCAACCUGUGGUCUGUGGAGUCUGGUCCUGACGUUAGGGUGAAGCUGUAGCAGUGCAGCUGUAGAAUACAGGGAGCUGAGUGUGUAAGGCUGUGUGUGUUGGCUUUCACACUGGGCAGGACUGUUCCUCUUGUCAGACAUAUUCCAAUAUUCCACUUUUAUGUUAGUAACUUCCCCCAAAUAUCUACUGUUUAAACUGUAUUAAUGCAAUAACACAAUGAAUGUUCACAUCUAAUAAUUGUCAACAAAGGAGCUACAAUAAAAUAAAAAAUAUUUAGGUAAUGAAAUCAAAGAAUGAAAAUGUGUGAACUGUUGAACUGUAUUUUCUAUAUGGGUAUUGCAAUGUCAAUAAUACACAGCCAAUCAUAUUGCUGUGCUCUACCACAAUCAGAAGAAUUGCUCUGGCUAGCCAAUAAACAGAUGGUAUUGCUUCCAAGAAUUGACCAAUCAGAAAAAGCUAAGGUUGCCCCACUAGCAGUGGGUAAAUAUUUGAAUGCUCCAUUAAAAUA